AAAGAGUGUGCGGGGCAGAGAGAAGGGGCGAACAGUGAUAGAGAACAGGAGAAAGCACGGAAGAGGUUGGUAAUAGCACGGAAUUUUGUGCGAAUGACCGUGGAAGUCUGUAUGGGGGAAUCCCGAGGUGGAGAACUCAUAAACGGCCACGACACCAGACAUGAGUCCGAGAUAUCUGCUGUUUUAGGUGGCGGUCUGACGAUGAUGCUCCAUGCCAUGGAAGUUCCAAGUCAUGCUAGGCACCUCCUCCUGCAACUCAACACCCAGCGCACCAAGGGCUUCCUGUGUGAUGUCAUCAUCGUGGUGCAGAACGCGUUGUUCCGAGCCCACAAGAAUAUUCUGGCCGCCAGCAGCCUCUACCUGAAGUCCCUGGUCGUCCAUGACAACCUCAUCAACCUAGACCACGAGAUGGUGAGUCCCGGGGUGUUCCGGGUCAUUCUAGACUACAUCUACACGGGCCGCCUGACCGAGGGAGAUCCCAGCUCCACAACAGAGCCCAACCUGGGGGCCGUGCUGGCUGCAGCUAGCUAUCUGCAGCUGCUGGACUUAGUGGCGUUGUGUAAGAAGAAGCUGAGGAGAAAUGGGAAGUACCCUGUUCGCCCCAUUCCUGCCUUUCUGCCCUAUGGGAAGAUGGGCCCCAGUAGUUUGGGUUUAGGGGGAGUGGGCAGGUAUCGGGUGUCCACCCGUGUUAUUCAGUCCUGCUAUCCAGGGGGAGUUGUGAACACCCACACGCCCCGUGCUCCACCACUAGAGGAGCUGCCGCCCCACCCCCAUGCCAGCCAUGCAGGGGAGCUGUAUGCCCCAACCUCUCAGGUUCCUCAGGUGUUCCCCUCCACACCCUCAGCCCUGCCGGCCCAGCCCAGCCUGCGCCCAGCCCACUCUGACAGGAACUGCUCCCCCAUCUAUGGCCUGGACCUCUCCAAGAAGAGCCCCAACUCCCAGUCCCAGAACACGCCCUCCCACCCCCACCUGGCUCACGCCCUGCCCCACAAUGAUGAGGAGCGGGAGGGGGUGCUGAGCGGCCGCACCAGCCCCAUGCUGGAGGCCAACGGCGGGGCCUACCCCACAGAAAAGAUGGAAACGGCUGAUCAGGCUGGGUCUCUCCCCCUUCACUCCUACACCCACCUCAACCAGCCCCUGGGGCCCCACCUGCCCCACCUCCACCGCUCCAGCUCCCAAGGUCCAGACCAUUACCCCUGCCCUCCCAGCCCCGACACCCCCACAGAGGCUGGAGAGCCCGGCAGGGAGAUGGGCAACAUCUACCGCUGGGUGAAGCAUGAGCCACUGUCAUACACAGCUGAGGAUGAAGAGGAUGAGGAGGAUGAGGAGGAAGGGGGUCAAAACGGAGAUCAAGACCACCAGCAUCACAACCACCAUCACAAGGCAGGGGAGGAGAGCGAUGAUCGCUACCGUAGGGUGGGGUGUGACGGGGAGGAUGAGAAGAGUGGGUCAGGCAGUGAGGAGACAGGCAGUAGUGAGGGUCGCCCAUCACCCACAGGGGCCAUGGGGAGGUUCCACCUGCCCUACGAGCCUGAGAGCUUUGGGGACAACCUGUACGUGUGCAUCCCCUGUGACAAGGGCUUCCCCAGCUCUGAGCAGCUCAACGCCCACGUGGAGACCCACACAGAGGAGGAGCUGUACUCUGGAGGGGAGAUGGGUAGCAGCAACAGCAACCCCAAAAACAACAGCAGCAACACCAACGGUAACGGCAGCCUGAACAGCAACAGCAGCCUGGGCAGCCUGUCCUACCUGGAGGGGAAGUCCAGCCAGAGCCUGACAUCUGGGGUCCUGGGGGAGAUCAUCAGACCCUAUCGCUGCAACUCCUGUGAGAAGUCCUACAAGGACCCGGCCACGCUGCGCCAGCACGAGAAGACCCACUGGCUGACAAGGCCCUACCCCUGCAGCAUCUGUGGCAAGAAGUUCACCCAGCGCGGCACCAUGACCCGCCACAUGCGCAGUCACCUGGGACUCAAGCCCUUUGCCUGUGACCACUGCGGCAUGCGCUUCACCCGCCAGUACCGCCUCACCGAGCACAUGCGCAUCCACUCCGGGGAGAAGCCCUACGAGUGUCAGGUGUGCGGGGGCAAGUUCGCCCAGCAGCGCAACCUCAUCAGCCACAUGAAGAUGCACAGCAGUGGUGGGACCGGAGGGGCGCUGACGGCCGACGGCAAGCUGAAGCUAGACUUUGCGGAGGGGAUCUACCCCCUGAGUAAAUACGCAGCAGAGCACCUGGGGCUGAAGCAGGAGAAGGCCUCUGAGCUGCUGGCAGAGCAUGCCAUGGAGAGCCUGUUCCCGCUGUCCAAACUGGCAGCAGAACACCUGCGCCUCAGCCACCAUGACAAGAUGGAUGUCCUGGGGGUCCAGGCCCUGCCCCCUCCCCAGGGGUCCCUCUCUGACUCCCACUCCCGUACCAUUGACCGCUACUCCCCCAGCUAAGACGGCAUUGGCUACAACAUAGUCCUGUGGGCACACAACUUAACUUACAGUAUUCUAAUGUCAUUCACCUCAACUCCAUCAGUAUCUGCACCUCAGACUAAGGCCAAUACCUGGCCUAAAGGACCCUAAUAAGUGCCUUCUUUUCCAAAGUUUGCAUUAUAUGCAUUUCAAAAACCUUCCUAGAAGAUGAACUGUGCUAUUUCUUUUCUAUUUUGACCAAGGAAUACCCACUCAAAACAGUGUAGUAUUUAUGUAUACGCAAACAAUGUUUUUUUUAUUAAACCACCGAGCCAAAAACAAAUUGAGAACCAAAAAGCAAUUGUUUUUAUUUAUUUUUUGUACGUAAUGAAAAACCAAAGAAACUGUUGCAAGAAAGUGUUGCAAUCUGACCCUAAACCUGUGUACUAAACAUACUAUUGUACUAUUACUAUUGUAAAUGUAUAUAAAAUGGAAAAAAGCACAUAUGGACAAGAUUCAGGGCUCCUGGCCAGAACUGAAAGGAACGUUGGACAAAAGAAAAAGCCAAACCUUUGGGAUUUGCAAGUGAUUGGAACACUUUUUGUUAAUUAUGUUUUUGGGGUACUGGAUUUUCCAUGUAUCUCCCAAUCCAGCUUUACCCCAUGCUCUGUUCUAGUCACGAGGGAGGGACUAACUGAAGACAGCAUUCACUCCGCCAUUUAGGUCAAGUGAUCUAUGCUUUGUUUUUCCACCGUUGUUACGUACUUCAUGAUCAUGAUGUUGUGUACAGAGAGACUCAAAUUAAGUGACAGUAAUAGUAUCUUAAUAACUCUUACACCCAGUGCCAUAAACCUUUGAACCCAUAACCUCUCUUUAUUUGUAUAUUUAAAAUAUUUUUGGGACUUGCGUCCCAGUGCCUUCAAAUUGUUAUUGAAAAGUAGCGAGCAGCACAACCCUGUGAUCUCACAACUGGGACGCAUCAUGGUGCAUACCCAAUUGAUGACACGCUAAUCCUCCGCCAUGGCUUUAACAUCCAGUGGUGUGGAGUGUAGACUAAGCAAGGGUGUUGCCUGUGACAUUGUGUAAUAUUUACAAUGGUGGGUGCAGCUGUACAACUCACCAGAGGAGAGCACCGAGAGGCCAUCCAAGUCAGUGCUGAGAGGCUAGAGUCAAUUACCACCAAUCAGUCACUAUCAAUAGCAGCAAUUCCCUCUAACACAGAUGAUUCAUCAGGACUGACAAUUGUCCCAUACUGCGGAUAAAUAGUACUAACCACUUUGAAACCUUUUGA